AUGGGCUGGCAAUUUGCCUGGGAGACCAUGAUGAAAGAGCUGGCUCCACAGACCAAAGAUGGCAGCUACGCGAGGCCCACAUACAAUUUGAAAGGAGUCAUUGGCAGUCCUGAGCUCCCAGCGGAGUCAGGAAGGUAUCAUCUGUAUGUAGGCAACGCAUGCCCCUGGUGCCAUCGGGUUCUGCUGGCACUCAUUGUGCAUGGUUUGCUGCCGCACGUCUCCUACACAAUGGCCGUGGAUGACCCGGAGAGAGCCUCUCGAGGUGGCUGGGUUUUUGACCAAGCAGAACCGGUCUUCAACGCCAAAGAUCUCCGGGAAGUCUAUGAUGCAGCCAGUCCUGGGUACAGAGGGCGCUGCACAGCUCCUCUGCUGGUGGAUAAGCGCACUCGGAAGCUGGUUUGCAAUGAGAGCAGCGACAUUGUGCGCAUGCUGAACAGUGUGCAGCUGCCAGGAUGCACGCCUUUUGAUCUCUACCCUGCGCAACUGUCCCGCGAGAUUGAUGCCAUCAACGACAUUGUGCAUAACAAGAUAAACAAUGGCGUCUACAAGUCUGGUUUUGCGACAACGCAAUCUGCAUAUGCUCGAGCGCAGCAAGAGUUGUAUGGCGCUUUGGACCUCGUUGAGCAGCGCCUGUCAGAGCACAGAUUCCUGGUCGGAGACAGGUUCACAGAGGCGGAUUUGAGGCUUUAUCCCACUGUGGUUCGAUAUGAUGGCAUGUACGCAACUCUGUUCAAGUGCUGUCGGAAACGCAUCUCCGACUAUCCCAACCUGUCAGCAUGGUUGAGAGAUGUCUACCAGAUCACGGUUCAGGAUGCCUCGCAGAUGCAGAUCAGCACCAGCUUCGAUCUGGACGAGGCGCGGCGCAGCUAUUUCACAUCGCUGUUCCCCCUGAACCCUGGAGGAAUUGUCCCGGUCGGGCCAACCAUCGAUGACCUUGCCUUGCACCGGGAUGCAGGCCGAGGUUCUCACAGCGCUGAAAGUGUCUUCAAUUUCCAAGCGAUGCCCUCUGCAGUGGCAGCUUAG